AUGGAAAACGGCAGCGUCUCGCAGGGCGAGGGCAAAGACCCGUCUAGCUUCCUCAGCGACAUCAUCGGAAAUCCCGUCACUGUCAAGCUCAAUUCCGGCGUUGUCUACAAGGGUGAGAGGAUCACUUGCCGGUCACGGUGCGGGGAUGCGGGUGAAAUGCUGACGACGCUGCGGCGACCAGGCGAACUGCAAUCCGUCGACGGAUACAUGAACAUUGCGCUGGAGAAGACGGAGGAGUACGUCAACGGCACGAAACGGAGGGAGUACGGCGAUGCCUUUGUACGAGGCAACAACGUGAUGUAUAUUUCUGCAGACUCAUGA